CCCGAGUCUGGCGGCGCUGGGCCCCGCCGCAGCUCCCGCUGGCGGGCUUGGUCCAGCCGUCCCUUCUCCGGACGGCCGGGCCCGGCCGCCCAACCUCCACCAUGCCCCCUGCGGGGCUCUGCCGGGCCGCGCCGCUCGCUGCAGUCGUCUUCUUGGUCCUGGGGGCUCCCCUCGCGCUGGCUGGUGAGGACUGCUUGUGGUACCUGGAUCGGAAUGGCUCCUGGCAUCCAGGGUUUGACUGCGAGUUCUUCACCUUCUGUUGCGGGACCUGCUACCAACGGUACUGCUGCAGGGACCUGACCUUGCUCAUCACGGAGAGGCAGCAGAAGCACUGCCUGGCCUUCAGUCCCAAGACCAUAGCAGGCAUCGCCUCAGCCGUGAUCCUCUUUGUUGCUGUGGUUGCCACCACCAUCUGCUGCUUCCUCUGUUCCUGUUGCUACCUGUACCGCCGGCGCCAGCAGCUACAGAGCCCGUUUGAAGGCCAGGAGAUUCCGAUGACAGGCAUCCCAGUGCAGCCAAUGUACCCAUACCCCCAGGACCCCAAAGCUGGCCCAGCACCCCCACAGCCUGGCUUCAUGUACCCGCCUAGUGGUCCUGCUCCGCAGUAUCCAUUCUACCCCACUGGGCCCCCUGUCUACAACCCUGCAGCUCCUCCCCCCUAUAUGCCACCACAGCCUUCCUACCCUGGAGCCUGAGGAACCAGCUGUGUUUCCACUGCCCCUUCAGUGACGCCAAACUUCGAUGAUGCCCCUGUCCCAUACCUGCAUCUGACCCUGGGGUGGGCAGGGGUCUUCUAGUCAUCAGGCCCCAGACCAAGCCAAGCCCUGGGUUCCACUGGGGACAGAGCCCCAGGGGAGUGAAACAGGAACUGAGCUGGAACUAGGCCAUGAUUGAGGGGUGGGUGGGAGGGCUUGGAGUUGGUGAGCUUAUUUUUAUUGGGGGCAAGAGAGGGUCAUAGCUCCUGCUUUCAAAUAGCCCUUCUACUCCCAGGAUCCCAGCCAGGAAGGCUGGGCCCCUCCUGUUUGCCCACCCUGGGAUGGGAUGGAGGCGCGCAGGAGCUCCAUCGGCAGUCAUCAGUAGCCCUCCUCUCUGGCUGCCCCUAUGGCCCAGGCUCUGGCCUGCUGGAUUAAAGUUGUAAAGAUGUAACUCA